GGUUAGUCGACUGCAAUAUACACAUUCUCCACCCAUUUAGGAACUUCAAUCAAAAUCAACACCACAAAUAAGAAAAACAAAAAAUGUCCUCACGCUGCGCCCGUCUCUGUCCUGUAAUAAGGAGUCUGCUCAUCUCAUGCAAAUAAGAUUCUUGACUAUCUAAGGAUCAAAAGCAUACUUGGCUAGUCGAGCAUCAGGUGAUUGUGGAAAAAUUUUGGUGCAACAGUUUAUUUGUUGCAAAACAGAUGGGUGACAGGACGGAGGACGAAUAUGGACGCAAGUAAAAUACAACUCUCUCACUUCUACAAGUAAGUAGUACUACUUACAUGACAUCACAGAGGCUACUAGAGCUACCACGCGAAACGAGCCGGGGUAUGUGGUAGCUCUUCGCCAAACACGGAUGCAAGUUGUGUGGUAGCUCUGGCACAAACACAGAUACAACGAGUUGUGUGGUAGCUCUGUAAGGAAGACACAUUGUGCGCUGCCGACACGAGAUAUAACUCGCUUUGUGGUAGCUCUGACACGCACAACGAGUUGUGUGGUAACUGAAUGCAACGCGCUUUGUGGUAGUUUUAGCAUGAACAACGACUUGGGUGGUAACGACAACAGACUGCAACGCGGUGUGUGGUAGUUUUAGCAUGAACAACGAGUUUGUGGUAGCCGAAUACAACGAUUUGCUUGGUAACGAGGUAGUACAGCGAGUUGUGCGGUAACGGUCACAGAUACAGCGAGUUGUGGACACAGACACAAAGAGUUAUGUGGUAACGGUCACAGAGCCAACGAGUUGUGGACGUAUAUACAGCGAGUUGUGUGGUAACGGUCACAGAGAGUACAGCGAAUUGCGUAUUGUCUCUUGGGUAUUUUCCCGGUUAUUCAAUGGCAAUUAUUGGCAGCUCAAUCACUUGGAUCGUCGAAGCUUGAUCAAGAUGAUUGGAGGAGUUGUUAUGGCCAGCUUUUGUUCAUGUUUCGAAGUGAAUUUUUUAAUGAAUGGCAUCAAUUGAAGCACACUCUAAUCAAGUACGAAACGCUAUCCCUUCGGUUGGUUUUGCGUCCUCUGCGAAACCUUGGAGCCGCGUAGAGGCCUGGAGCAGGAUGAUAACUUUCCUGUCAGCAUCGUUGCUGGUUGCGCUUCUCGUUUUUCCAGUACGGGAGGUAAUGAUAAACAUGAUUAUAUUGUUAUUGCACCAGGAGGAUCCCAUCAGCAUGAAACUUCAUUCACCAUGCAUGGUAAUGAUUUUUUUGAUACUUUUUUUUAGUAUUCUGAAAAUUGCCUUGCAUGAACCAGGUAUUGGGUCACAGGCAAUGCAUAGCCGAAGUGAAUGGGAAAUCGGAGGUCUUUCGGCCAUCGAAACUUGGCAUGCCGUGCCCUUGCAGCUAUUGCGUGAACCUCAGCGUCCCCGCGGAGGAAUUGCGGAGUGACGGUAGCCGUCUCGACACUCACAGUCAUUGCGUCAUUCCCGGCCCGGAGGAUUACUGCGCAUCACGGAUGACAGGUUCACAGCUGAAAAGAUUCGACAUGCGUGGCAGAAAAGCACAUGAAUCCAAUUUAUUCGAUGCGGGCGAAAUUCGUAACCGAUUUUGCGGCAACAAAAAUAUGUACGAGAACAUGCAUAUUGACGUCUGCAACCCAGAAAAAAUUUUCGCCGUGUCUACCACAGUCCGUGCGGAAGAGAAUAAGUGUGGGCCGCAGCAGAUCGGAGGUAACCCCAAAGUCGCUUCGUUACGGCGUUCAAGAUAAGUCAUCAGUAAGCAAUUAUCAUUAUGAUUCGUAGAGCAAGGGCAAUUGGUGUAGCUGUACUAGCACCAAGCAUGUUCAAGGACUCCGCAGGAAUAGACUUUAAUAGUACUGUUGUACUUUUAUAUAGAUAACUGACGUAAGCGUCAAUUUUUUCGUCGUCUAAACUUCCACAAGACUACUGUCGCAAAAAACUGCCAAAUCGGGAUCGAAGGCUUGAAUUCCGAGAAGGGCAGCUGCGUAGCGCAAACAGCAAUUGCUAGCCAAGCGCCUUCUGUUGUUCCUUUCGGUUUUUUUUUGUCGACGCUUAUCAACAAACCGGGUCUGUCUUACACCUUUCUGAACGUGUUCCUGGAAGCGUCGGCGGAAGCGCAACGACCGGGGGUUGACCAAGGAAUUAUUAUGGAAGGCGUUCGUGGUGCAGGACUUAUAGUCUACUUUCCUCUUUCCUAUUUUGAUACACCGAUAAGUUUGACGAUGACCAAAACGAAGUGUGUGAAGCAGGUUUCACUCUUUCUCUGAAGGAUCCCUUUCAAUGAAUGUGUGGCCAGCUUCUCGUGGAUGAAGAACUUUCAAUGCGAAUCGCUGUCUGUAAACUAGGGAUAUGAGUAGAACAACCUCAGACCUUUACUAUUGAUAUCUAUCUAUCUCCCCCUCACCGAAUGUGGGUUGUCGUUGGCCCGUUUUGUGAUCCUCACAUGUGCAAAUCCACCAAGUGCUGGUCUGAAUCAUGGUGUGAAAGAAAAAAUUGUUCCCCGCUUUUAGCGCACAGAUGUGCUGCCCAAGAAGUUUCUGCCCACUCUGUCCCCUCUUCAUUUUCUAGAAUAUCGUCAUGAAUGCGGACGCAAAACUUGUGCUGCUGCGAAGUCCGCAAUAUUGCUGUGCAGCUCAGGGACCUGGUCUACCGUGCUUUGACCCGAAGCUAAUUAAGAACUGCUUCACCGAGGCAUUCAAAGCGCACGUGGAAUUAUGAUCAAGUCGUUCAUAGUGGCAACGCACGUACCUCAAAUGAUCUGGACAUCGUGCAAGGGUUAGAAUCGUCCUUUUCUUUGCGUAGAGUCUCUUCAGCAUGGAUUCUCAGAGAAAGGUGCGCAUUGUCUCAUGCUGUCUUGCUUGAUUCUUUGAGCUUAUAAUCCUCACUUUAAUUUGCAACGCCCUUCGGCAAUUUAUCGACGCCUUCCGGUUGUCUCACUUCGUGGACUACACAACAAUCAAAUACUGGGUACACAUGGCACGGCACGGGGUGCAGAUAGAGAUAACACCGAAAGCGAAUCCGACAGGUAAAGGACCAGUUUUCGUCAAACUGGAUCCCGAAGCUUACCAGGAAGCGCAGACGCAUGGGUACGAGUGGCAAUGGGGGUCCGAAGGCGCUGAAGAUCUUUUUUCCGGCCCGCAUACUGUAGCUCAGCAGCUGCAACAGGGGAUGAUGUACUAUGUAGGUGGUGGAAACCUCUUCGACCUGAUGGCAACGACGCGCAUUCCAACCACGAAUCAUGGUGUCAUCAUCCCUGGGCGACGUGUGAGUGGCACCAGCGAAGCAAAAUGCGAUGAAUACACCUUCGUUGCGGAGCAUCCCAAAUACUACAAGAAUUUGUGCAACUACUGGCGUCUUCUGCGGGACGGGGCGCCGAACCCUUCCACGGAAAAUAAACCAUACCGCAUUUUAUGGACAGGUCCUUGCUACGCUAUGUGAACUGUGUUAUUUGAGUCUACAGUAAUUAGAUUUGACAGGGGACGACAGGACAUCUAAUUAUUUCAGCAGAAGAACGAACUCACUCUAAAUCUCGCUCUCCUCGCUGGGCAAUCAGCGGGUUCGAUGAUCAUGUCGGAAAACGUCAAUUUUCUGCACUUCAGGCUGUCCGGUGACCCGCCUCCUCAUAUCAUACAGAAUCCUGAGGACAACCAAGGCAAACGUUACGGGUAGUUUUUCAUUAUGUCCUAUUUGGUACGCCAUUGAGAAAACCCUUCACAUUCGAAAGGAGGAAGGCGACCACGGAUGAACUUGGGGCAUUAUGAUGAAAAGUUACCUCUAAACCCUCGCGCCCGCCUACUGGGAACACCAGAAGGGCGACGGAAAUAAUGAGAACUUUUGCCCUGGAGUGCCGCAGCUUCCUGAGAAAUGUGACUAUUUUCAUAGCGACAAUUCAUAUGGCGACAAGUAUGUUACCAUAGCUCAUCUUGCGAAGAUACGAUAAGGACUUAAUCUUCUCAGCUGACCAUGAAACCCACUCUGCACUCCUAGAGGUGCAAGGGAAUUCAAGCAUUUCUAGUGUUGAUAAGAGCCAGUUGUUGAUUACGUACAAGACACGAGAAAAUACUGCGGCGUUUUCCACUAUAAGAUACUUACGUGGAAUCUGUAACUACUAUCUUCGCUCUAAUUUAUUGCGCAAUUCGUUACUGGGGCGCAAGGUUUAAGGACCUGUCGCAUGCAACAGCAGGUGGCUUUAGCAUCUCCCAGAUGGACUCCCCGUCAGCUCUUGCAGAAAACAGGGGAACCCGAAGCUUCAGGCAUCACCCCCAACCUGGCGCCGUGUGAACCAGCGUGCCUCGAAAAAUGCGCAUCUGCGUCGUUUUCAUGUGACGACUUGACGUCUUUGCUCGUUGGUGGAUCUACGAAUCUGGGCUUCGGCUGCUCGCAUCACGACGUCUCAGUUCUGAGUAACAAUCCGCGUGAGUGGGACUUGGCCGAAGCUUACACUACUUUAGGCUGGAUUGGCGGCGACCUGAGUCUGCGUCCGCACGCGUGCAGAAAAGAGAUUAGCAUUUCCACCGCGGUAAGUAGUAUAUGGAGCAAAUCUUUCUGAUAUUGUAACGAACUUCGUGAGGGCCUAACAGAUGCUGGCCUGAUAAGCUAAGAUACGCAAAUCUUCUUGCCCUCAUUCAACCAAGAAGAUGAUACAAUUGACCCGUCAUCUUGGGUUCCCUGCUAGAUCAUCGUUUCUACAAAGUGGAAGACUUAUCAUUGAUUCAUUACUGCAUGUCGGAAUCUUUCAUUUCGCAAAUGAAAAUCAGGGCGUACAUUCGAGCAAAAUGGAGCUAAAAGCAACGUACAAACCUGAUGAGUACCCGAUGAAGGCAUGGCUAGCAUCUAAAAUGGUGUCACCAGCAGUUCCGAUGUUCGUUUACGCAGAUGGCUCGGUGUUGAUUGGCAUUAUGCUCGGGUGUUUUUCACUAAAGUUUGCUAAGUUUUGAGAAUUUGAAGUAUCUUUUAAACGAUUGGAAUUCCUCAUGGUGCUCUCCCAUCAAGCAAGGCGAAGCGGAGCUGGGCUUCCUUUGGGCAUCCUUUUUUCCUCUUGAAGAGCAUGAAAGUGAACGGGAAGUCGAGAAAUAGAAUAUUGAAAUUGACCACACUCUAAUGUGAAAUGGAACAACGACGGUCAUCGCCAGUUGCGUUUAUCGAUAGGGAAUGCCGAUUUUGAUUUGCUUACCGAUGUUAAGGCGUAGUAGAGUGUAUAGGGAUAUCGCAUCAGCAGUUGCGAGUGAUGGAUCAACUCAUAGGUUGAUUGCUUGAUUGACUCACCAUUUCUGCCUGCCCCCUCCUGGCUGAUAGAUCAUUCAGUAAUACCUGCCAAAUUCCAUGGAUGGUGAACAUGAAGAUCGCGAUGGUAGGAGCAGACAACUCAGUCAUUGCGUGUACAAACAGUGAUUGUUUUUUUCAGCAUUUUGUAUGUUCAAGCUUCAUGACUUGCCUGCUCUAACAAAUGGGACUCAGACGAAUCCGACACACCUCGUGUAGUUAUGAGCACAUUUAUUAGGCGUUGGAUGACGUGCUGUACAGAAUCAUCUUAUUAUUUUGUGUCCUAAGAUCAGAUGUUUAGAACUUGUCUCGUCUAGUUCGCCUAGAGACAUUACUGACAUCGGAACUAGUCGCUCUUUUUGCGAAAGCCAGUGAAAUACUUGUGCUAAGUGACUGCGUGCUCUAAUAUUUCGGGAGCGCCCUUACGGCCAUUUUAUUACUAGACUUCAGCGCCCGAUAGCUCUCCCUCCACUAGAAUCCUCCACCUCCUUCGAGCAUUUCCUUCGCCAAGACGCGCCUCCCCCGCUCCUCCUCCGCCAGCUCGCGACGCUUUCCUGGCGAAGUGAUCCGCGCCAGAGGAGUCGGAACAGAAGCGCCGCGGAAUUUAACAGAGGAGGUUUUUGAGAUGUCUCAAGGUUUGUCUGCUUUUGAAUUUAGUGCAGGGCUUUGGAUUGGGAGCCUUGAGCGCGGAGCCCCGCGCGUAAGUCUUUGAGGUGGAGAAUUAGGGCGAGAGUGAUGGAAGCUUUUGGCUUGCAGCUUGAAGCCCGCGGCCGCUUUCAGUGUGAAGAUUUGAGCUUCAGCAAAACUCGAGGCGUAGAGCUUCGGGCUUGGCGCUUUGAUUUUGAAGCUUUGGACUUGCAGGCUGAAGCGUUGGACCCGAGCGAAGUUGUGGGCUUGAAGGGUUUGGCCUGGGGUCUUGGGUCUGAGAUUUUGGGUCUGAAGUUUUGGGCUUAUAAGAUCUUGGAUCUGGGGCUUUGGGUUGGAAAUGUUGGGCUUCAGGCGCUUGGUUUGAAGUCUUGGCUUUGAAAUUUUGGGCCUAAAGCCUUCCUUGGGCCCGAAGUUUUGGGCUUGAAGUUUGGGGCUUGAGGCCGUGGGCCUGAGGCUUUGGGCUGGGGGUUUUCGAUCUGAGUUCUUGAUCUUGAAAAAUUUGAGAAGUUUGAAACUUAGUUUUGGUUGACAAAGUCAAAACUUUGCGGCUUUUGCGCUCUGGGGUUGAAUUCGCUGGAUUUGAAUUUCUCAAGUCCCGGACUUGGAAUUCUCAAAUCCCGGACCAAGUCCCAAAGUUUUCGAUUUUAAACAUUUUGUCUGAGGGUCCGCUUCUUGGCUUCGAAUUUCUCAAACUUCGAAGAAUUCCGCGCUAUUUUGUCGCUUUGGGACGGAUUAAAUUUGCUGGAUUUGGGUUUCUCCAUCCCAAAAUUUUUCAUUUUCGACGGCUUCCCUGAAAUUCAUUUUCUUGGCUUCGAAUUUCUCAAAUUUCGAAGCCUUCUGCGUUAUUUUGUCGCCUUGGGAUUGGGUUCGGCACUCGCUGGGCUUGGAUUCCUCAAACCCCAAAACUUUCGACUUUAAGCCGCUUCGCUGAGAUUCAAUCUCUUGGAUUUGAAUUUCUCAAACUUCGAAGCUUUCCACGUUAUUUUGUCGCUUUUGGAUUAAAUUCGCUGGAUUUGAAUUUCUCAAACCCCAAACUUUUUAACUUUAGAAAUUUUUUCUGAAAUUCAAUUUCUUGGAUCAUGAGUUCGAGGGUUCCUGCGUUCGUGAGCUUGUGGGCCCAUGAGAUUACGGGCGGAAGCUCAUGAGUUUACGGACAUAGGUGCGCGGGUUCAUGCGUUCGUGAGUUUAGGGGUUCGCGAGUUCAUGGGUUCGCGAGGUUGUGGGUUCAUGGGGUUAUGGAGUAAGUUCUCAAGUUCGUGGGUUCCGGGGUUCGUAAGUUUGUGAGUUUGCAAGUUCGUGAGUUCUUGAGUUUAUGCGUGCAGGUGUUCAGGGGUUUAGGGGAUCAGGGGUUUAGAAGUUCAGGGGUUUGGGGGCUCAUGCGUUCAGGGGUUCAGGAGUUCCGGGGCUCAGGGGUUCGCGGGUUCCUGGGUUCAUGGGUUUGGGGUAUGGAGGUUUUUGUGUCGGAGGUUCAGGGCUUCGGCGUUGGGGGGUGAGUUCAUGGGUACAGGGGUUUAGGGGUUCAGGCGUUCAGAAGUUCAGGGGUUUAGGAGUUUAGGGAUUUAGGGGUUUAGGAGUUCAGGGGUUCAGAGGUUUAGGGUUUCAGGGGUUCACGAGUUCACGGGUUUACGAGUUCAUGGGCUCGCGGGUUCCUGGGUCCCUGGGUUGUGGUUUGUGGUUUGUAUCUCGGAGGUUUGGGGCUUGGGAGUUUUUUUGUCGGAGGCGGAGGGUUUGGGUGUUGGAGGUUCGGGUGUUGGAGGUUGAGGUUUCGGAUGUGAAGUGUUUGCUGAAUUUUGUUGCUCUUAAUAUUGCAACCGACAUCGUAUGGACAAUUGUUUUUCCUUAAUUUACAGCUGGUACUAGGGAUUAGGUAUCUUCUAGCCUGACCCUUCACCAGGCACAUCAAGCGAUUAGUCAGGGUCCCGUGGGACUCUUAUCUGCUCUAACGAGUCGAAGCAUGGCACAACAACCCCGGUCAUUCCAUUUACAUCUCGCCCCCCGAAAGCUAUGAGCAUUUUAAUUAGACGUUUGAUGACGGGCAUAAAGACUUUUUAACUUUCUAGUCUUUCCCGUAACUUGAACGUCUUUCUAGUAAUUCCGAUCUCUAAAGGUCCUGCUAUUUUUCUCGUAGUAUCUCUCAAAUCAAUUCCAUCGAUGGGUAAUAAUAAGAUGGAAAUACUAGAAGCAAACAGCUCAGCCAUUGCGUGUACAGUCAAUGCUUGUAGUAUUUGGGAUUUUGUAUCUUCAAGUUUCACGACUUGCCAGGUAUGAAGCUGCUCUCUGCUCUAACAGGGUAGAAAAGAUGGAGCUGCGGUCUGUUAGUAGUGAGGAAGCCGAACAAGACGUUAUGGGCAUAUUGAUUAGAAGAUUGCUGACGUUUAUCGGCACCUUUUUAAUUUGCCUUCCAGAAUUUAUUAGAUAUUGAAAACUUAUGCAUUGCGCAGCGGCUUCUCUGCUACUCGAGCUAGGUUACUUACAGAUUCGCUUGUGUUGUGAAAGCAGGCAUGUCACUGAAACACUUGUUGCAAAUUUCUAUCUGCUCUAAGCAUCCACCAGGGCCUCGACCAGGUUCUAUGCCAUUCACCCCGAAAGCGCGUGGGAAGCAGGCUUCCUUCCUAGAGGCCGUAGACGUGGAUCCAAUCGCGGAACCUCCUGAAGCCUCGACUUCCGUCUCAAAGCCAGAGCUGGAAUCGAAUUCCCAACCAAAGGCAGAGUUGGAAUCCAACUCCUUUCUGGAGUUGCUGACGCCGACCGAUGGUUCCCACGACAAACCGAUUGAGCGUCACAGUGUUCAUCUUAUGACUAACGUACAAUAGGGGUCGACCUCAUCAUGUAGUAGAAGUGACAGUAGUAGUGCUGGUAACCACUAAGGCCUAAGCCCUAAUCCCUACAUCACAGUUGAUCUGUUGUUCUAAUCAUCAGAUACACGCUGCUAAAAAAGGUUGUAGACAAAAUGAAAAUGUCCAACUACUUAUUGCUACUUCUAGUGCUAACCGUAUUAUUAGUUUUUAAAGAACUUCUCUACAAGAAGUGUCUUCUAAGAGUCUGCAUCAGGAGGACGAAAGUGCAGAAACGGACGAGGUGGAUGAGUUCUACGAAUAAGGAUUGUGAAAUGUUUGAUACACUGAAAAGAAUUUGAUACACUGAAAAAACUAGACGACCUUCAUCAUCCGUGAACUGUUAUAAUAGUCUAAUUCUCACAAACCACAAAGUUAUCGGUAGCUUAGAAGUGCUACUCGGGAUGCCAAUCAAUCAAUCAAUCAAACUACACAAACUUCAUCAUCCGUGUAGUGUUAUAAUACUCUACUUACCUCCUUCAUCCAAAUUACAUACUUGGAGCGCAUAAGACCGCACAAUCGGCCACAAAUCUACGCAUAUCGGAGGAGCCACACACUCGACCCCUGUAGAAUAACUAACCUAAUACACAAUGUAGCCGCACAUUCGACCCCUGUACCUAAUACACAAUAUUGCAUAACUACUACUCCUAGUACUACUACUCCUACCCCUCCUACUACUCCCCCUACUCCUGCUACUCCUACUACUCCUGCCACUCCUCCUACUACUCCUAGUACUACUCCUACUAAUACGGACCCUACUGUUUAACUACUACUGCUACGAAUCCUUCUACUCCUACUACUACUAAUACGAACCCUACUACUCCCACUGCCCACAUCCCCCUCUAACAUUUGGACGCUCUCGGAAUGGGAGUGUAGUUCGGGAGGAGCUUGGAAUGGAGGUGGAGGAGUGGAGAUAGGGGGUAGAGUUCAGGAGGAACUUGGGAUGGAGAUAGGGGUUGUAGUUCGGGAGGAACUUUAGAUUUACAUAGGGGGUAGAGUUCGGGAGGAACAAAGAAGGGGCUUGAGCUCUUUUAGAAUAGGCUGAUGCUUUUUUAGAAGGAGUUAUUGCCUUUUUUUCUAUUGAGUGAUGGGGAUGAGAAGGACGCACGGAGAAUCUUUUCCCUUUCGAUUGACGUUAAUUUGAGGGGGUGUGUUGAGGAGUCUCUUCUAUAGGGACGAUUUAGGGAUGGAUAGAAGGUGCUCACAUUCCUAUUCUUAGUAGGUGGUUGAUAGGUAAGAGGUCUUCGAUAGGUCACGGGCCGAUCAUCUAUGGGUAGCAUCCUAGGUCUUGUUGUAGGAAAAUAUCAAUAUGUUUUCUGUGGUGGGACCAUGUUUCCGUUUCCCUGUGGGCCAUAGGAUGAAAGGAAAGUAAGACCUAAGGGGGAGUAUUGAAAUGGAGUUGCGCCUCAUGCCUAGAAGAGGGUAGUGGAAUUACAUAGGAGGCUGCCUGAGUUGUGGGGCUCGUUUCUUAGCAGAUUGGGCCUAGCCCAUUGUCCUCUAGAAGAGUGAAGAAACCUGCCGCAGUGGGGCUCGUUUCUUAGCAGAUUGGGCCUAGCCAAUUGUCCUCUAGAAGAGUGCCGCAUAAGAACCUGAGACUAAGAUGACUUGUCAUCUAGAGAAGGAGCGAUGCUGCUCAAGUACCAUAGAAGUGAUCAUGCUUCCUAGGACGUACAGGUGAAUGCGGUGUGAUAAUGUUUAUCUUUCCACGGACGCUGAAAUGCGCUGGACAACAACUUAAGUAAAUAUCUUUUUGUUUGCAAACUUUUCACAGAAUACUCAUUGAAUCACAAUUUUUGGCAGUCAAGAUUGUUAUUGUUUCUUCAAUACCAAGAUUAAAUCUAGCGAACAAGAUUAAAAAUUUUGUCAGUCUGUUUUCAACAACCAAUGUUCGAAGGUCACUUUUCCAUUUCAAAUUAAAUUAACAAGUUACAACUUAUAGCAAUCAUCAAGUCGCCUCUCAUCGGCUAAAUAUCGAUGAAUAUCCAGCAGAAAACGAAAAUGCUUAUUCAACACAGUUAAAUGAAACGCUCUUCCGAGGAUAGCACCUCGAACUAACUAUUUUUGACAACGUUUACAAAGAACAACACUUACAAUGACCACCUUUUUCAUUAUUCACACUUACAACGGUCAAUCCGUCACAACAUUACUUUUUUUCGCACAAACACAAGUAGUACAACGAACUUGAAGCACGACAAAAUAUGGGUCAAAAAUAUCUAUCAAAUGUAAAGAAUCAAAGAACACCAAGCAAGUGUAAGGCAAACAUCAUCAAAGUAAGGCUUUUUAUGCACUAAAACUGUCUUCAACAUCUCAACAUUUCCAGUACGCAAGCAGUUUCAUUCAAGCAAACAGGAUUUUUCUUGCACAGGAUUUUAUUGGUGUAUAGAUGAGAAAUGACCGAAUUUCACAUAUCCCGCAUAAAAAUGAGCCUCUUAAUUGAGUAUGCUGCACACAUAAAUAGAAUGGAUGGAGGAACAAGAUUGCUGCAAGAGCCUGAAGAAGAUUUUCACUGGGAUGGUCUGCGUUGCCUAAAACGCGUCGGGGC